GGCCGGCCCGAAGUAGUAAAGAUAUAAUUUCAGAAUGAAUCAAGAAGGCGUACUCGCUUGUUGCGCCGUUUGCAAAGAGCAAACUCAUCGUAGAUGCGCUCGCUGUCUUAAUGUUUAUUAUUGUAAUACAGAACAUCAAAGACAGGACUGGCGGAGACAUAAAAGUGAAUGUGCACCAAAGUUACAAAAACAAGGUUCCCGUAACGUAGCAGAAACUGAAACUUCUCACUCCGUUGAACAGUUAAAGAAAACCCAAACAAUACAAAUAAAUAACGUGGUAGGAGUAAAUGAUAAGGAAGACAAAUUGAAAUCUGCGGGUAGUGAUACUAGACGAUUGAAAAAGUCAAAAAGAAAAAGUUUGAGUAAAGAGGGUAGUGAUACUAUCAUUGAUAACAAAAAUUCCUCCACACCUGAAGUCGUUGCUCAGAACAGUGAAAGUCAACAAAAAGAAACUGCUUUAAAAAACAAUAGUGUAAUUUCUAGUGUAGUUUAUACUAAUAAAGACGUGUCGAAAGUGAGUGCCAUCACCCACGAAGGUUCCUCAGAACAAGAGAUAUUGAGUGAGAAAGCCCAACAAUUAAACACGGUGGAUUUUUCAGCAGCCGGUACUUCAAAUGUUUUGAAGGCCGUAAAUAGGAGUGAGAUGAAGGUGCCCGCUCUGCCCAGUUACACUGGAGAGCAGCCGACUAAAAUAAAGGAAUACCCAGAAGCUUCCCUAAAAGGUAGUAGUGCUCCUUUCAACAACAUGGUGAACAGUUAUUAUAUGGAUCCCAAUGACCCCAACUAUGACAUCUGUCAAAGGGUGAUAAGGGACAUGACUCAGUAUGGAGUGUGUGUUUUGAACAAUUUUCUUGGUAAGGAGCGAGGACUCUUAGUGUUAAAUGAAGUGCUAGAAAUGUAUAGAUCCGGUAUAUUUACAGCUGGUCAACUGGUGUCGAACCCCGGUAGCACGGAGGCGCAGACGAUACGCAGCGACAGGAUCACGUGGAUAGACGGCAAGGAGCCCCACUGCUAUCAUAUAGGACAACUAAUUAGUCAAGUGGACAACAUAAUCCUGAAAGCAAACAAAAUGGCGAAUAACGGAAAAAUGGGAAACUACAUAAUCAAUGGAAGGACGAAGGCAAUGGUAGCGUGCUAUCCAGGGUCUGGAAGCCAUUACGUGAAACAUGUAGACAACCCCAAUAAGGACGGUCGCUGUAUCACCGCUAUAUACUAUUUGAAUCUCGACUGGGACGUCAAGCGGUGCGGGGGGUUGCUCAGAGUAUUCCCGGAAGGCACGAACCAGGUGGCAGACAUAGCGCCAAUCUUCGACAGGAUGCUGUUCUUCUGGUCGGACAGACGGAACCCGCACGAAGUGCAACCUGCCUUCGCGACCAGAUACGCCAUCACGCUGUGGUAUUUUGAUGCUCAAGAAAGGGAAGAAGCGCUACGAAAUUACAAACGCGUUCAGCCAUCAUCGAGCAAGUGAUGUCGGUUUCAAGAGCUCGAGGUGUAUCCGAGCUCAAACAACCUGCUAACGGCAUAGUUUUAAAUCAAAAUUAAAUAUUAUGCUAUUUAGCAGGCAUUUUGGACUGUUUUGUGACGUUCUAUAGACGUUCCUAAUUGACGUGGGUGCCUUGUGCUUCGUGUCUAUGGAGUGACGUGUCAAGAAGCCUCGUAUCCUGGCUUUUAAAAAAGUUAUGUAACUUUUUGUUCGGAUUUAUAAUCUCUGGUUUUGUAAAAAAAUUAAAAAAGAAGUUCGGAUGUAUUUACCGCGAUUUUGUAUUAUUUUAUUUUAUUUCUUUCGGUUUCUAUGUGAUUGAUGUGCUUAAAAUUUUUAUUAUGUAAAAAAAUUGUGCAAUGAGUUGAGCACAAGGCGGACCCUAAUACUAUAUUAAUAAAUAAAUUGAUUGUCAAUUUAAUGUUUAUUUAGUUUGUUAAACGAACACCUGUCUUUGACAGGACGAGUCAUAUUAUUUUAGUUAGGUGUAAUAAUUAUAAUAGAAAUAUGUUUAUUUUUGCUAAAGAGACCUUGAGUAUUAUUCUAAAAAUAAUAACCGUUAGUUUUGUUGAUGUUUUUAAAGGGAAGGUAUAUUUUAUUUCUGUUAUUUCAUCUACAUCUAUCUGUUGUGUUUUAUACAUAUAAAUAAAUCUUCUAUGUUCAUUUUUUCUCUUAUCUUUUUAUAUAUUUAAAUAUUUUUUUUAAAAGCAUCAACAAUAUAACAAUACACCACUCUAUAUACGAGAUUUUCAAUUGUAUAGUAUUUAUUUUAUUUAGAUAUCGAUGCGUAUGUAAAUAAAUUGAAAAAAAAUUGUUAUCCACCGAGACACAUUUUUAAGUUUUAUGAAUCAUCUCAUACAAGAUAUUCGUCAUGGAUAAUCUUUCUUUAUUCAAAUCGUUGCAUUUUGUUAUCUUUAUUUAUUUUAAAGUGUGUCACAAAGUGCUACAUUAUUUAUAAAUAAUAAAAUGAUAUUUUUCAUGUACAUAUAUAAAAAAAAUCUUAAAGCGAAAUUACGCAAUCAUAUUAUAUAAGCGUGUGUGUAAAAAGUAUUGAAUUUUAUACAACGUAGUUAGGUCUAUUAAGGUGUAAUUAUAUUUGAAAUAGCACUAUCCAAUUAUUGCUGAAUAGAUUAUGUGAUUAUAACUUGUUUUAAACAAAAUGUAAAGUUUGAUUUCUUUUUUAAAGAUGUAACAUACCUAUAACUAUAUUCUGUGCAAACAAGUGAUAUUAAAAAAUAUUAACGAAA